GUGUAAAUAGUUUAAAUGGUAGAAGAAGAGGUUUUUUCAGACGUGUUUGGUGCUUUUGUUGUGAUGACCGCGGACUGUUAUAAUGAAGCGUGCUAAAAGUGAACAGAUUCGGAGCGCUGUGAUCACUUACUUGAAACGCCGACAGUAUCAGGAGUCAGAAAUCCAUGUCCUUACCAGAAAAGAGGGAAAGAAAGACCUGACGACAGAGCUGGAAGACAUGUCCGUGAAAAAGCAGAUACGUCUGAACGCAGGCACCGAGAACAGUGUGGCAUGUAGCAGCAUAUCUGGUGAUUUUGUAUCAUGCGAUCAGCAGUUUGCAAGGCUAAGGAAACACAUUCUAGAGAGUGCUGACAAUGAGAGUAAAGAACUGUCAUCCCUACUGUACCCUUUGUUUGUUCACAUCUACGUUGACUUACUGUCUUCAGGCUACAAACCUUCUGCUCAUAAAUUCCAUGAGCGACAUAAUGAGAUCUUCCACAGUGAAGAGCAGAAAGAUUUCAUUCGUUGUUUAAGAAAGCUAGAGUCAAGAGCAGAGCUUUUGGUUGCAAAAGAUGUCAUGGAUUUUAGAGAACACAGAUUUUGUGUCUCCCUAUCUCAAGAAUCAGUGAAAUGUCUUCUAAAUUAUUUAAAGGCUGGUGAUAAUAUGAUCAUCCUGCAGAUUAUCAAUCAAAACAUCAAAAUCCAAGUGAUAAAAGAUGGAACCCAGUCACUGGAGCUACAGAGGUCAAAUUCUCCAGCUUCUUCAGCCUAUGAAUGUCCAGAUGGCAGAGACAAGGAAAAGGAAGAUGAAGCUGACCCCAGUGCCAUGUCAGUUGAGGAUGCUGAACUGUUAAAAUCACUCAGAGAGACCAUAUGUAGAGUUCGUGCCCUUCCUCCCAACUUACCAUCUGUUUGUUUCUACACCUUCAUCAAUGCCUACCAAGGUCUGUGCACUUCCAAUGUAUCACCAGAUGCACGCCUUAUUUGUGGAGGUUUUGAAGAUUCUUCCAUCCAGCUCUGGCGCUUACAGCCUGAACCCUUAGCCUCCCAAUCUACAGAGAGCUGUAACAGCAAUAUUACACUUGCUGCAGACUUCAUCUAUAAAGAUGAGGAUGAGCGCAAAGUGAAGAUAGACCUGGAGUCACAGGAAGCAGUGACAUUGAGAGCCCAUAGUGGGCCUGUGUACAAAACAGCGUUUAGCCCAGACUCCAGGUAUAUACUGUCUUGUUCCAGGGAUGCUACAGUGCGACUGUGGGACUUGACUACACGCAGCAACGUUGCUAUCUACCAGGGCCAUAGUGGAUGUGUCUGGGAUGUAGAUUUCUGUGAAGUCACGGGACACUUUGCCACAUCUUCUCAUGAUCAAACAGUGAAGUUAUGGUCCAUGGACCGCAUAUAUCCUCUGCGAUCAUUUGUUGGCCACACAUAUGAUGUGGAUUGUGUAGCAGUCCAUCCCAACGGAAACUAUGUAGCUUCAGGGUCCGGUGAUCGAUCUGUACGGUUGUGGAGUAUUCAGGAUGGAAAAUGCGUGCGCUUGUUCUCUGGCCACCGGGGAUCAAUUCUUGGCUUGGCAUUCUCACCCAAUGGUCAGCUUUUAGCUUCAGCAGGGGAAGAUAGACGGGUCCACAUUUGGGACCUUGGUUCUGGUGCCUUGCUGAAGGAUCUGCGAGGCCACAGUGACACUGUCCACUCGCUGGCAUUCAGCAGGUGCAAUGCCAUGGUAGCCUCUGGUGGGAUGGACUGCUACAUUCGAAUCUGGGAUGUACGCCGAGGAAAUGAACCCACUAGCCCACAGCUAGUUGAGGGCCACACCUCAGCAGAACUGCUUGGUGCUUUCCCAACAAAGUCAGCUACUGUGUCUUUCUUGAGGUUUGCUCGUCACAACCUUCUGUUAGCUGCUGGUGCUAUUCAGUGACUUUGAGCCAAACAGCUCCAGUUUUGACAGACAUUUGCCAGGGGGAAAGCCAGUAUGGGUAUUGCCAGUAUUGCUGUUUGCAGAUCACCUGGUCCAAGCAUCCACUGCCAUGUGAUAAGGUUUUUGUCAGCCUUUCUCUUCUCGUCCAUUGAUCACCUCACCUGUAUGGUUAUUGUGCACCUGAAUUGUGACUGCUGAUCUCACAAAGUGCCCACGGAGACUAGAACAUGAUGCAUCUUCUUGUGGUGGUGCUAACAGCGUUCACAUCAUACCUGUGAUGCCAUUAACAUCCUAAUUGUCAUCAUUAUAUGGCAGCCACACAUUAAGGCCUUCAUAACUGAUCAUAUAUUGUCAAAUAUAAUACACGUUUGGCCGAUCUGUGUGAUGGUUAUAGAGUAACACUCAUUUUGAGUCAUGCAUGUGGAAAUGUAAAAUGUUCUGUUUUCAGCCAAGUCCAGUAUUAUGUGGCCAGAGCUGGAGUCCAGCUGGAUUGUUUUAAUAAAAUCAACCAGCUGUUGGGGUAUUCACAAAAGAGGAGGGUCUUAAUGCAGGCCUUGUGAGCUUUAAAGUGGUCACUGUGUUAAGCAAUAGAAGAGGCCUUUCAGACAGUCAGACCAGAGAAGGAAAAGCAGUUGUGCCAGAUAACUAAUGUUUCUGUUUGAACAGGACUGUACAAGACCUAUUAGAUGAAGUUUGGUUGGAAUAGACUGUGUAUAACUAACAAAGAUAACUAGUUGAGGUUGUAGUGGCAUACAUUUCAUGUAGUCACAGAUCAACAUAAUGAAGCUAGCAAGAUUCUGUUGGUAAAACUUUCCUUUGGCACAAAAUUUAUCACAUAAGAAUUUUGUAAACAACAUUUUGCUGCUGUAGUUGUGCAGACUUGGAAGUGUACUGGAAACAGUGUGCAAGAGGACAGGGAGUGUCUUUAAAGCCAUGUGGCAACACAAUGGAUUGUCUCAGGUUGUUUGUGUUGAUGCAGAUAUUUUGAAUUAACGGUCUUGGCAGACAUGAAAACAGAAACAUCAACACCCAAGCCUUUGGGGAAAUCAGGAUUCUGGAGACAGGUGUGUCAAAAGAGAAAAGAAUUAAAUUAUCACAGGUUUGCACAAUGCGUUAUGAUCAAGUGGUGGUUAGCUCACCACUGUUGACAGACCCAUUGUCACAUUUCCAAACUAUGUGCUUAAUGGGGCAGUGUGUGACACUGCAGCGAUAUGUCCAGUUAGGGAGGCAGUUAACCCUUUGAGGAACGUAAGGAUUGUAUGCAUAUAAUUUUAGUUAUUCUGACAUAUUAUGGAGUAAAAUGACCUGUAGAUUCCAACAAUGUUUAUUUGAAACUGAUAUUCUUCAUAGUUUUUGAGAUUCAGCGUGGUGCAAAUGUGUUCUUAUGAAAGGGAAGUGUCUUAAUGCCAGGUAUGGGUUCUGUCAAUAUUUUUAUCCAAAUAGUGAUUAAACAUACUGUUGUUAUGGAACAUCAGAAAUGAUAUGACACUGUGAUGAAAACAAAAGUCCAUCUUUUAUGCUUGUAAUGUAAUUUAUGAAUGGUAUUUGUCAAAACAGCUAAGUGAUGGUGUGUAGCACAAGCGAACACGCAUACAGACCUAUAGAGAAUGUCAUGCAUAUUGUCAGUCCUGCUUCAGUUUUGUCCUUUGCACAUUGACCUCGAGGUUUUCUUCUUUGACCAAGUUAUGCUCAGGUCGUGGGGUUGGCAUGAUCUUUUUGCUGCUUCCAACAGGUUCUGAUGGAAUGCUUCUUUUCCUGUUUGUCUAAAUUCCAAUGAACGUUCUUGCUAUCAUUUGUCUGUACUCUAUAUGUGAUAUCUCGUUUUGAUUCAGGAUUGAAUUCCUGAUUCAUCUACGUAUAAAUACAGUGAGCAUUGUUCAACAAAUAAAAAAAUAUUCGAAAGUA